AACGGGCCUUGACAGGGCCGUUUUGUUUGGUGCAGAGGGAAGGUCCCCAGAAGUGCCGUUUACAGAAUUUCUGCAGAAAGUGUGGGUCAGGCUGACAUGAGGGAAGAAUGACGGGGGAUAUCACAGCAAGGAGAAGGAAAAACACCUCAGCAUGGCGUGGGGAAGCAAAGGAAUUCAGGGCUGGGAAAAUUUAGCCGAGUCAUCACAUUUGGCCACUGCCCGGAAAAGCAGCCCUCCCGAGUCAGGAACGGGCUCCGGUUCAUCACGUGGCAGCCGCCUGCAGGAGCCGCAGUUCCAUGGACCAAAGACAGAGGAGAAUCCUGGGCCAGCCCCUUUCCAUCCCUACUUCCCAGCCCAAGCAGAAAAGGACAUCACUGAUAUCUUUCUUUUCCAAGGUCUCUUGGAAACUGAGGUUCCAGAAGCGGGAGCCCCUGAAGAAUGUGCUUUUCAUCUUGGCAGAAAGAGCUCGGGACCCCAAUGCUAAAAAGCGUCACAUGGCAAUGAGAGGCCUGCGAACCAUGGCCCGUGAAGCCCCUGACAAGGUGAGAAAGCAUAAGAAAAUUGUCCUCGACCUGCUGGUGUACGGAUUGUAUGACCCUGUGAGUUUGGAAGUCAUCCAUGAGAGUAUGAAGACUCUGACCGUCGUUCUGGGCAAGAUCCAGGGGAAAGGUUUGGGUUCCUUCUUCAUAGACAUCACACUUCAGACCAGGACUUUAUUAGAUGAUGAGAAUGACAGUCUGAGAUACUCGGCCUUUGUUUUGUUUGGGCAAUUGGCUGCCUUUGCUGGGAGGAAAUGGAAAAAAUUUUUCACCGGUCAGGUUAAGCAGACACGAGAUUCCCUCCUGAUCCAUUUACAGGACAGAAACCCCCAGGUUGCCAAGGCUUGCAAAACAACAUUUCGAGCCUGUUCUCCAUAUCUGAAACUAAGGAAGGAAUACAGCUUCCAGAGCGAAGAAGAUCAAAGGAACACUAAGCUCUACCGGCAGCUGAGCCAUUAUCAUCCAGAGAUCCUGCAGUUCUUCUACGCAAAUAAAAUUCUGUAAGCGCAGAGCAGCAGGGAAAUGGUUCUAUGUGAGGGCAUUGCUGAGCCAUCGUGUUCCCCUGUUUUAUCUCACUGGAUGCCUCUUCUCCUUGCCUCUUGGGAUUGUAAUGGAAAAGAGGGUGCUGGGAGAGCAAUCAAAGGCAAAAAUAAUACAUGGAAUUGUAUGAUUAUAUCUAAAGUAAAAUUCUAGACUGCUUUCACUUA